AUGUUAGUUUGCCUAGAGAUUCGGUGCGAAGCGCUGACCGGUCAUCCAGCUCAUUGCUCUCAGGCGCAGCCAACCAAUGAUAGAUGCAGCGCGACAUCUGAUAAGGACUGCAUUUCGUUGCAUGACCCAUUUCAUGGGCCACAAACAGGCCGUGAGCUUGUUGGGACGUCAGUAGCUGACAAGGGUCAUGACGAUGCAGUUCCUCAGGUUCGGGGGAAGGACGAUGCUGAUUACAUCUCGAAUCAGUCAACUAUCGAACGAAACACUUCAGCGCGAAACUCCGUGGAUGAACCAGAAUUGGCUCCAGCAUCUGUGGAGAGAGACAUUGAUCAUGUGCCAUUUUGCCAGCAGUCUCGAGAAGCCCCCCCAACCCCCGAAAGGCAGUGCUUCUCCCUUUCUUCGACCCAGGUGCAUGCACAACACACAUCAGAAUGUAUAAUCAAGAACAAUGACUUUCAGCCUGGAUUACCAUUCACCCUAGCGGAGUUCGCGCCUCCAAACACCGUCAAACGAUCGUCGCUGGAAGAUUGGGGCUCCAUUGAUGCAACACUACAUUGCAGAAAUAGCCCACAUCAAGAUCAAUCUAUACUCGAGGCGGAUAAUCUCUAUAUCCACGACAUCACUGCUCCUGACUCCAAUUCUCCGAUAAGUGACCUGCACGAGUCAGAACUAUUCCCCUUACAUGAAAGUGCUGGCUCAACCGAUGCACCAUUUGUAAAUGAUGAGGGACAAGGUAUCGAGGACGCAUAUUCAGAUCCCAGCCCGCAUCGACCGGUAACGCCGGUCAGGUCUACGUCCGAAGUAUCUGAUAAAGAUCAUUGCACUGCCGCUGACGAUAAUGAAGACGUUCUUGAUCCAUCGGAUGACACUCAUGAGGACUAUACUACAUCGGCUGAUGCACAAUCACUCCCGAGGCCUGAAACAUAUGCGGAACGUGCUUUUGGCGGGAGGAGUGACGAAAGAUCGUCCAAACUCAGUCCUAAUGCAAAGCCGCAUUUCUCACACAAGACGAAGAGUAUAGACUCUGCGAAUGAUACCGCCAGGGAAGAGAAGCACAACGCAUUCCCAUUUCUGCUGGGACUUCUACAUUUCGAGUGCUAG